AUGGCUGCAGGGGCGUGCGGCGGCGGCUGGAGGUCUGCGGCGUCGCGGCUGCUCACCUGGCGGCUUCCCGGGCCGGGCCAGCUGCGGGCUUUGCGCGUGGCGGGCCUUGCGCGUGGCGCCGCUUCCUCGGGGGCAGCGGGCGGCGGGCGCGGCUGGGCCGGGGCGCGGCGCCCGCUGCUGCUGGGGGCGGCGGCGGCCUUGGGGGGCACCUUCGGCUUCUACCAGGUGCUGCAGCGCCGCUUCCGAAGCCAGGAGCACCUGGCGGAGCAGCCCGCAGCUGCGCAGCUCCUGGAAGGCAGCCUGCAGCUGACCCUCUACCAAUAUAAGACCUGCCCUUUCUGCAGCAAGGUGCGUGCUUUCCUGGAUUAUCAUGGGCUGCCUUACGAAAUUGUGGAGGUGAAUCCGGUCAUGAGGCAGGAGAUUAAGUUCUCCAUGUACAGAAAGGUCCCUAUUCUCGUUGCCAAGGCCAGCAGUACCCUGCAACUGAAUGACUCUUCUGUGAUAAUCAGUGCAAUUAAAAGCUACCUCAUUUCUAGGAAGAGUUUGGAAGAGAUUUUAGCUUACUAUCCUGCGAUGAAAGUCACGAAUGAGCGGGGCAAGGAGGUGAUGGAAUUCGGCAAUAAAUACUGGCUCAUGCUAGAUGAGAAGGAGACUCUGUGUGUUUAUCCUGUUGAAGACACAAGGGUGGAGGAAAUGAAAUGGAGGAAAUGGGCAGAUGAUUGGCUGGUGCACCUCAUCUCGCCCAAUGUUUACCGCACACCUGGCGAGGCCUUGGCGUCUUUUGAGUACAUUGUGCAUGAGGGGAAAUUUGGCCUGGUGGAAGGCUUCUUUGCCAAGUAUGUGGGAGCAACCGCGAUGUUCUUCAUUAGCAAAAGGCUCAAGAGCAGGCAUCAUCUGCACGACGACGUGAGGGAAGAUUUGUACAAAGCGGCCGACGACUGGGUGAAAGCCGUCGGCAAACACAGGACGUUCAUGGGGGGAAGCCGGCCGAAUCUUGCGGAUUUGGCCGUGUACGGAGUCCUGCGCGUCAUGGAAGGCUUGGAAGCUUUUGACGACAUGGUGGCGCACACCACGAUCCAGCCUUGGUAUCGUCAUAUGCAAACGGCCAUCGAGCAAGCCAGAGCCGUCAAUUGAUGUGCCGUGCCCACGGGGCCCAGGGCCCACUGUUGCUCGGGAAAAGCUUGCAAAGGAAAGCUGUUUGAUUUAAAAGCAACAGUGCUGCUCAGGCCGAAAUGGGUAUAAACCGGGUGCUUACCAUAGAGCUAGUCAAGGUUUUGGGAAAAGCUAGAAGGCAGGAGAACCAACGAUGUGCGGACAACUGGUCACAGCAAGCAUGAAUUGCUGAUUAAAUUCUGAUUUAAGGAGGAGAGGACAGAUAAGUGCUGUUAUCUCAGUGAUUGUACAAACCGCUGGGCUUUUCCGUUUGCAAUUUGUUUUUGAGUUGCGUUUCCAAGCAUCUAAACCAACCCCGAAUGUUUUCCUUGUUGAUUUGAAAUACUGCAAAAAAGAAGAAAAAACCCCUGUGCGGUCCUGAAAGUGAUGGAACGAACGGGCACUUGGCAAGGGAAGAAUCCCGACGUUGGGAGAGCACAGCUGACGUCACUGACGGAGGACCCUUGAGCGGCCCUAAAACGGUUCUUUUGCUUCCUCAUCUCAAAUUGGCUGAGCUUCUAUCUCUGGCAUUUGGGACCUCGCCAUUACUGGCUGGUUGACCCAGAGAGGACAGCGCAAGUUGACGAGGAAUAAUUAUGAAAUGGUUAUCUGCAACAACAACAA